UGGAAUGUUGGGGCUUGCAUCCUGGCAACAAGCAGCAGCUCCUGGCUAUUGGGGUUUGGACCCUGGAGCUGUCAACAGCUCGUGAAUUUUGGGGCUUGGACCUUGCAAAGGCCAACGGCACUUUGAUAUUGUGCUAUUGACCCUGCAAAGGCCAAGAACCUUUGAAUAUUGGUGUUUACAUCUUGCAAAGGCCAAGGGCCUUUGGUCACUGGGGUUUAGACCCUAGAAAGGCCAAGGGCCUUUGGAUAUCGGGGUUUGAACCCUGCAAAGGCCAAGGGCCUUUGGAUCUUGGGGUUUGAACCCUGCCAAGGCCAAGGGCCUUUGGUCACUGGGGUUUAAGCCCUGCCAAGACCAAGGGCCUUUGGUCACUGGUAUUUUCUCGCUUCUUGUGGAAGGGGCAGAUGGAGACCCGGCGGGGAGCUCGAGGGCUUUCUCACCAGGGACGUUCCUCCAGAGCCCCUGAGGUGCUGGUAGACAACCGUGACAGCAUGGCCAAUUCCAACAUCUGCACCGACAAUCCUGGGAACAUCCUCUCAACUCAGACAUCCACUGACAAACAGCAUCCCUGUCAAUUGGUUCGGGAAGCUACAGAGAAUUGUGUGCGCAUGUGGCAACAAUUUGAUCAAAUGGAGGAGAGUACCCAGAGGAUCAGAGGCCAAUACCAGCUCAUAGACACUCUGCUAGAAGAAAUCAGAAGUGACUGUGCAAACCUUGAGAAGUCCAGGGAAAUGCUGCUGCAAUGCACUGGAAUCCCGGAGCCAGGAGCCUUGCGUCUGCACCAGCAGAACACCAAACAGCGGAAGGAAGCGUCAGCCCAGGAGGAAAAGGCAGAGCAGCAGGACUGGAUGGAGGUUUCCCAGGAGGAAGAGCCAUCGAGCUGCUCUCGGGAGCAGCUGAGCUGGGAAUCCUCUGACCAAGGGCACGCAGCAACCCAGGCAUGGAGAGAGGAGGAGCUGCUGGGCCAGAAGGCUGAGCUUGAGGGCCGACUGGCAGCCACAGAGUGGCUCCAACAAGACCUUUCCAGGCAGCUGGCAGAGACCAGGUCAGCAAAGGAGAGCCUGGAAUCCAAGCUGUUUGCUGCUCAGCAGCAGAUAGCUCAGCUGGAGAUGAGCAGGAAGCGUGUGGAGGCAGAGCUGCAAGCUGAGCUGCAGAAAGCUCACAGAGAAGUCCAGGCAGCACAGAGGAGGCACAAGGCAGAGCUGCAAGGCCUCAAAAAGGAAAUUAAUCUCGUCCUUGCCCAUAGAGAGGCUCUACAAAAGCAGGUGGCAGAGUUGACAUCUCAGCUGGCAGCCUGCCGAGAGUGCCAGGAAAAGACUGUGCAGAGAGCCCAGCAAGAUGUGAGGGAGGCCCAGCAAGAGUCCAGGCAGAAGCUCUCGGAGGUUGAGCAUGUCCAGAAGCUGCUGGAGGAGGCAGAACAUUGGAACAAGGAGCUGCAAGCACAUCUGGACUACUUGGAGAGCAAAUGGAUCCAGUGGGAAGAAGUGGCACAGCAGAAUUCAGAAUUGCAGGCUUCCGUCAAUGCCCUAGAGCGGGAAAAAGCCAGGCUGAUUCUGACUGUGGAGGAAAAGAACCUGUGCCUUAGAACACUGGAAGAACAGAACAUGGUGCUGAAAAAUUCUGUAUCUCAGUGUCAAUCUGCUCUUCAGGAGACAGAGCAGCUCUAUUCUGAGCAUAGAAGAGAAUUGAUGGCGCUCAACACCCGGGCCUGGGCCCUGCUGGAGGCAGUGAGGGAGAAGGCAGCUUGCCAAGAAACUCGAGAGAAGCAGCUGGCAACUGAGGCGUCUGAGCUGUGUGUGAGGCUCCAGAGCUCUGAGGAAAGAGCAGAGGCCAUGGCAACACAGUGUAAGGCCAUGGAGCUGGAGCUGCAGAAGACACGGGCUGAGAGAGACAAUCUCAGGGCUCGCAAUCAGGAACUGCUGAAACAGCUGGAGCAAUGUGAGAAAGAGUGGGUGCAGGCAGAAGCCAUGCACAUCUCUCGCCAAAUUCUCCUGGACAAAGAAGCCACGGAAAGGCAGGAAGAGGCUGUGACUCUUCGUCAGGAAGUGGCAUCUCUGAAGAGGAAAUUGGAAAACCUGGAGAAGGAAAGGAAGGAUGUGCUGCAUGAACAGGAAUUGUACCAGCAGCACAUGAGAUACCUGGAAAAGGAGAAUGAAAUGCCUGCACCUGAGAUGCCAAAUGAUGAGGAAAAUACUCAAGAAUUGGAAGUGGAGAGGGAAGACAUGCCAGAGGAGUUGGAGCAUGGGGCUGCUGCUUUGAAGAAAUUAAGAGACAACACUCAAGUACUGAGUGCUGCACUGAACAAGAGUGACAUUGCCAAAGGGGCUCUGAAGAAACGCUUGGACAUCCUGAAAGGAAAGAUCCAGGCAGGCAGAGGCAUUGGCUUUCAGUCCAGUCCAGUGUCCCUGAAUUAUUCCAGUGGUGUUUCCCAUGAAGAGGUUUCCCAGGAGGAGGAGUCAUCGAGCUGGUCUCUGGAGCAGCUGAGCUGGGAAUCCUCUGACCAAGGGCACGCAGCAGCCCAGGCAUGCAGAGAGGAGGAGCUGCUGGGCCAGAAGGCUGAGCUUGAGGGCCGACUGGCAGCCACAGAGUGGCUCCAACAAGACCUUUCCAGGCAGCUGGCAGAGACCAGGUCAGCAAAGGAGAGCCUGGAAUCCAGGCUGUUUGCUGCUCAGCAGCAGAUAGCUCAGCUGGAGAUGAGCAGGAAGCGUGUGGAGGCAGAGCUGCAAGCUGAGCUGCAGGAAGCUCGCAGUGAAGUCCAGGCAGCACAGAGGAGGCACAAGGAAGAGCUGCAAGGCCUCAAACAGGAAAUUAAUCUCGUCCUUGCCUAUAGAGAGGCUCUACAAAAGCAGGUGGCAGAGUUGACAUCUCAGCUGGCAGCCUGCCGAGAGUGCCAGGAAAAGACUGUGCAGAGAGCCCAGCAAGAUGUGAGGGAGGCCCAGCAAGAGUCCAGGCAGAAGCUCUCAGAGGUUGAGCAUGUCCAGAAGCUGCUGGAGGAGGCAGAACAUCGGAACAAGGAGCUGCAAGUGCAUCCUGAGUAUUUGGAGAGCAAAUGGAUCCAGUGGGAAGAAAUGGCACGGCAGAAUUCAGAAUUGCAGGCUUCCGUCAAUGCCCUAGAGAGGGAAAAAGCCAGGCUGAUUCUGACUGUGGAGGAAAAGAACCUGUGCCUUAGAACACUGGAAGAACAGAACAUGGUGCUGAAAAAUUCUGUAUCUCAGUGUCAAUCUGCUCUUCAGGAGACAGAGCAGCUCUAUUCUGAGCAUAGAAGAGAAUUGAUGGCGCUCAACACCCGGGCCUGGGCCCUGCUGGAGGCAGUGAGGGAGAAGGCAGCUUGCCAAGAAACUCGAGAGAAGCAGCUGGCAACUGAGGCGUCUGAGCUGUGUGUGAGGCUCCAGAGCUCUGAGGAAAGAGCAGAGGCCAUUGCCUCACAGUGUAAGGCCAUGGAGCUGGAGCUGAGGAAGAGACAGGCUGAGAGAGACAAUCUCAGGGCUCGCAAUAAGGAGCUGCUGAAACAGCUGGAGCAAACAAUGUUGAGGGCAGAACACCUGAAAAUCUCUCUGGAAUGUUCCCAGAAGAAAGACACCAUUGCCCAAAAGGAAGAGGAUGUGAUUCUUCGUCACUCUCUGCAGAAGAAACUGGAAAACCUGGAGAAGGAAAGGAACCAUGUUCAGCAUGAACAGGAAUUGUACCAGCAGCACAUGAGAUAUCUGGAAAAGGAGAAUGAAAUGCAUGAAGCUGACAUGCAAAGUCAAAAGGAACAAAUGCAACAACUGGGCACUGAAAAGGAAACCAAGCUGGAGGAGUGGGAGCAUGGGGCUGCUGCUUUGCAGAAAUGGAGGGAGUAUGCUCAGAUACUGAGUGCUGCACUGAACAAGAGUGAAAUUGCCAAAGGGGCUCUGAAGAAACGCUUAGACAUCCUGAAAGGAAAGAUCCAGGCAGGCAGAGGCAUUGACUUUCAGUCCAUUCCAGUGCCCCUGAAUUAUUCCAGUGGUUUCCCAGGAGGAGGAGUCAUCGAGCUGGUCUCUGGAGCACCUUAG